AUGUGGAAAUUAAAGAUUCCGCCUAAAUGGAAGACAUUCCUGUGUAGAGCUAUAUGUGAUAUCCUACCCACCAUGGAUAAUUUGAUUAUAAAGAGGGUAGAAGUGAGCCCUGCAUGCCCAAUGUGUGAUCUAGGACAUGAAAAUGUUUUGCAUGCUCUAAUAUCUUGUGAUUAUUCUAGGAGGGUUUGGAAUGUUUCACAAUUACCUGUUACAAAUAUUGUGGUGCAUUCUUUUCCCUUAUGGCUUAUGGGUAUUUUCAACGCCUUGACAGAGGAGCAGGUAGGAAUGGUGGUGGGUGUGCUCUACCAUAUAUGGCGAGCCCGCAACUCCGCCGUUUGGGACAAAGCACUGGCCGCAGCUGCCUUCCGGCAGGUUCACCAGCGGCAGCAGUCUACACCGCCCUCGGCUGUGUCGACGCCCCCCACACACGCCAGGUUGAAAUGUGGGGCAGAUGCUGGCUACAAGCAAACCACGGGAGAUGCGACGUAUGGGAUGGUUUCACUAGGCCACGAUGGUUCUUUUGUGGCGGCAAAAUGUGGCAAGUUGCAUGGUGCUUUUUCGCCUCUCAUGGCAGAAGCGUUAGCUUCCUCUUUCCGCCUUCUUCUUUUCUUCUUCGUAAACGUUAGAGCAGAGACGACAGUGAGGACGCUAGCUUUGGUUGUAGUAGCUGAAUCUUCCAGCUUAGAGGCUUUUCUCGGCAACAAGGCAGCAAGCACCAACCGCAAUGACCAGAAGUGA